AUGACCACCGCCCAUCGUCCCACCUUCGAUCCGGCCAGAGGCAAAGAAGCUCUCCGCGGCCCGGCCUACCACCAACGCCUCCUCCCAGCGCACACCCAACUCAAGUUCCGCCAAGCAGGCCAGGGCGGCAACGCGGACGAAGAAUCUAGCGACCUCAGAGCCGAGCUCCUCGCCGCCGAGGCUGCCCACUUUGCCAAAAAGAACGGCGGCGCGCCUCCCCCGUCCGCAGACGACGAUGCCGACGCGCCCUCGGGCGGCGUAAAGCGUGCCCUCGAGGCCGGGUCGCAAGCAGACGCAGAAGAGGACUUUGAAGCGAAGCGGAGGAGGAUAUUAGAAGAGUCGCGGGAUGUUGAUGCAUCUUCAGACGAGGAAGGGGACGAAGAGGACGAUGACGACGACGACGAUAGUGACGAGGACAGCGACGACGAGGAGGCGGAGCUGCAGCGCGAGAUGGAGAAGAUUCGACGCGAGAGGGCGGAGAAGAGGGAGAAAGAAGAGAGGGAGAGGGCUAAGGUCGAGGAGGAGGCGCGGGAGAGGGACAUUGCGCUGGGUAACCCACUGUUGAAUAAGCCUGAUUUCAACAUGAAGAGGCGGUGGGACGACGAUGUCGUUUUCAAGAACCAGGCGAGGGGAACGGAGGAGAAGGGCAAGGGCAAGGAGUUUGUCAACGAUCUCCUGCGCUCCGACUUCCACAAGCGGUUUAUGAGCAAGUAUGUUAGAUAG